AUGUCAUCGACGCCACUUGACCUCAGCAAACCUAGUCGGACCAUCAAGGUCGGGGUUCUGCUCAUGGGAGGGGAGACCGAGAUUCUAGAUGUUGGAGCAGUGGACAUGCUGCACGGCCUAUCCAAGAGUUUCUACAAGGGUUGGGACGACAAAUUCAUUGACCCGAAGCUCAAGGAGCAAGCAAUCGACUUCACAUUCCAUUGGGUAAAUGAAAAGGGAACGCCAGCCAAGUUAACCGGAGGCAUCACCCUUAUACCUACGCACGAUUUCUCAAAUGCCCCAGCCUUGGAUAUCGCCAUCAUGGGCGCGCAUGAUAUUACUUAUCAGCCCAGCGAGACCGAACUUGCGUAUGUCCGCAAAGCAUAUGAAGAUAGCGUGGCCUUCAUCGCCAUCUGUGGCGGCAUCCAAACGCCACUCCUUGCGGGAUUAUUCAAGGGAAAGUCGGCGACGGGACCGCGAGCCAUGUUAGCUAUGGCCAAACAGAUGGGCCCGGAUACCCAGUGGGAGGAAAAGCGCUGGCAUAGAGAUGGCAAGCUUUGGACCAGCGGAGCCUUGAUCAACGGGUUGGACCUCAUGUCUGCCUUUGUUCGGGAGUAUUGGGGUGGUGAGGGAAGUCUGGCUGAAUGGGUGCUUGCGUUGACCCAUUGCCCUAGUCGAGAUGUGUACUAUGCCGACGCACCCACGAAGCUCUAG